AUGGAAUACACUAUUGUAGUAGCUGAAAUGGUGGAUUCACCUGCUACAUUACAAUACCUCGCUCCUUAUAUGGGAGUAGCCCCGGCUGAGUAUUUUAUGUACCGCGAAUGGCAUACUUUAAUAAUUUAUGAUGAUAUCUCCAAAGAGGCACAAGCUUAUCGCCAAAUGUCCCUUCUAUUAAGAAGACCUCCCGGUCGUGAGGCUUAUCUAGGGGAUGUUUUUUAUUUGCAUUCACGCCUUUUAGAAAGAGCCGCGAAAUUAAAUUCUCUUUUAUGCGAAGGAAGUAUGAACGCUUUACCAAUAGUUGAGACUCAAUCUGGAGACAUUUCCGCCUAUAUUCCUACUAAUGUAAUCUCCAUUACAGAUGGAUAA